AUGGGCGGUCUCAACCUUGAAGUUUUUAAGUUCGGCAUGUACCUGAUGUUCCCUAUUGGCAUCAUGUACUACUUCGGCACCAACCUCGACGAACGCUUCGCCGUGGCCGGCUACUGGCCGAAGGCCGAGAACUCACAUAAGAUCCCCUUUGAGCGCGAUGAGAUCAAGGAAGAAUACAAGCGCUUGAUGCAACGACAGCGGUACCUCGAGGACCUGCGACGGAAGAGGGAGGAGCGCGAGAGUGUGUCGCAGCAACAGCAGGACGACUCGUAG